AUGGCGGAGCACGACCAUGCCCUCUUCCUCCAGGAGUCCUUCGACGGCAAGGUCGCACGACAUGUUCGGGAAGCCUUGGGCUCUGAAGCUGCUUCGUAUCUGGACGCCCCACCCGAUGUGGAGCUGCGAGACAACGGCUUGGUGGAGGUCGUCAGUCGCCGUGGCUACGUCAAGCAGAGGCUUCUGGAAGACCACUUGACGGCCACCCUCGCCUGCUGCUUCGAGCUCGAGAGCUACGCCAGACACCUCAGAAUGGCACCGCACGCCUGUGCCAGUCUCUUGGCCUCGGGCACCACUGGCGAGAGCCUCUUGCCAACACAGACAAACUUGCUUGAGGCCGUCAAGGCCGAAUGGAGCUUGGUGGUGCGAAUGGAGGGCAAGGUGGCGACCGCCGACCUCUUGCAUCAGCUCUGCCCCUACGUGCUGCACCAGUGCUAUAGGGAGCUCAUGUCCAGCUUGGCUGCUGCGGACUUCUGCCUGACUGCGGAAUGCCGUGAGAUGGUCUCUGCUUGGUAUCCCGGUCUCUCGCAGUCGUCCAAUGUCGAGGACGUGUUCAAGUCGUGCGAGGAGGCCUGCCGUCGCACGAAAGCUGGAGCGGCGAGCAUGCCGAACUUGUCCAUCGUCGCGAUGAGGGCCUUGAUGCAGAAAAUGACAAACGGCGAAGGCCAAGCUCGAUCUGUGGUGCUGGAGGGUUCUGAUUUUGAAGGCCCAGAGGUGAAAGCACUCAAGUCAAAGCUGUUCUCCCCGGAGAGCUUUACCGGCGGACUCCUGGAAAGAAAAGAGAUGUCCCUGGAUGACCUCUUGAAGGACAACACCGGCACGACUGCCUUCAACCACAACAAGCUCCACCUCAACAACAUGCAGGGACUUCUGCUGGCCGACAAGAUGGGCAUCGAUGUGGAGGUUGCCGCCAGAUCGUUCUGGGUGCCUCCGCUUUGCCAACGUGGCAUGCUGUUCAGUCUUGAGAAGGGGGGCAAGUACUUCCUUUCUGUCGGCUCCACCCCAGCUGUUUGCCAUGCAUCCUGCCUGCAAGACGCACUGCCCCUGCAAGAGCUGGACUUGCAGUUCUGUGGAGAGCUGCCGCCCGAGACGCUGAAUGAGCAGGAGGUGCCCACUUCGAGCCGGGAGCAGCAGGAUCCUUUGCAGACCAACGAGUUUGUCAGGGCUCUGAAGGUUGAGGUGAACGAGAAGCCCUUGCAGUUGCUCCUCACGAAGUUCUGGCAGGCUGCCUGGAAAAAAGUGCGAGUCUUCAACUACUCGGUGCACCUCAGCCCGGAUGGCUAUCUUCUGCGACGGUGCCAGAACGACCUGCCUCUGGUGGCAGCUCUGAUGAAAUCCGGAGGGAUUCUGAGUCUGACUUCAGAUGCUCUUUCACGCGUCUUGGAUGAAGCAGGGUCAAGUCUCAGAAAGAGCGCCACAAAGACUCAGAAGAUCCGUGCCGUUUGCUCCUUGGCUGUCGUGAAACAGCACGUGAAGCAGAGCCGCAUCGAUGAGAUUCUGGAGCAUUGCCAGCAGCUGGAUGACAAGCGACUGCAGAAGAUCGAUGCCGCUGCCGCCGAUGCCGAAGACGAUGAGGAGGAGCAGCCGGAUGACGAGGCACAGGAUCCACUGGAACCCCAGGAUCCUGCAUGGGCAGCUGCUGCAGAGCUGCUGCGAGGCAUGGAGCAGGAAGAGCAGAAGCACAGCAAUCUCUUCGAUGCAAGUGAUGGUGCUCAGGCUGAAGAUGCUCAGAGGCAGAACACAGAUGGUCAGAAUCGCGAGAAGGCAGAGAAGGGCCGCUCAAUGCUUGUGAGCACUGCUGCGAUUCCUGCCUUUCUUGUCUCGAAGUAUGGGCUCCUGGAGAAGGACAAAGUCGUCUUUGUUCACGCCGUGACCAAAGACCAAGUUCUGCCUCACUUCCAGGCCCGUCUUCUCGGUGGCAAGACGUUCGAGGGAAAGGGCUCUUGCGCUGCCUCUUACAAUCCAGAUCUUCGAGAAGAUCUGGUGGAUGAGAAUCGCUCUUCUGGCAGCGCGAUCGCGCCGAAGAAGCGAUCGCAAGCUCAGGCUUUUUUCAUUUGCUUCUCGUGGGCUCAGAGAGCUUUGAAAAUGAAGAAGCCGAAGCAGAGCUGA